UUCUGGGAAGUGGAGUUCUAGUCCAUCAGAGGGCAGGAAACUGCAGGCAAUCGAUACGGUACUCCUGUAUGAGUUCACCUUCACAUUUAUAACUACCCUCAAAAACAGCUAUUUAGCUUGUCCUCUGGAUUCCUAACAUCAUGAACGGGUCAGCAAUGUAUACUGCGCCUAUCGUGCUGGAUAUAAAGUUGAAAAGAGGACCACAAGGUCUGGGGUUUAACAUCGUGGGGGGUCUGGACCAGCAGUAUGUCCUGAAUGACAGUGGGAUUUAUGUGGCCAAAAUCAAACAGAAUGGAGCAGCAGCGCUGGAUGGAAGAUUACAAGAAGGAGACAAGAUAUUGGCGAUUAAUGGUCACAAGCUGGAGCACCUGUCACACAGUGCCGCGGUGGAUCUCUUCACGUCAGCGGGAGAGGACGUGCAGCUUCGCGUGCAGCAGAGGCCCACCAUGGCCAUUAAUGUUCCCCCCGGUCCCAGGCCUGACGGUGACUCUUCUGUCUCCUCCUUGGUAAUCCUUGUGGCUGUCCUGGGAGCUGCUGCAGCCGUUACCGUCCUCUACAUGCGCUUCCAGCCACAACUGAGGAGGCAUUUUUAACACGCUAAUUUUCUCCUCGAAAGCAUUUUUUUGUUUUUUUUGUUUAAGAGCAAAAGCUGGGACUGAACUUUGCUGAAGGCCACAAAAAGAAAAGAGGAAGAAAUGAACUAGAAAAAAACCAGUAAGCCAUGUUUCCAAUUUAUAGUUGUUCAUGUGGUUAGAAUUAUAAUUAUUUGUGUAUUUUGUUAUUAUCAUAGUUGCUUAACCCAAAUGAUACAAGUAUUUUGGUCUCUUUGCCACAGGGAUAACAACCAUGACAUGACGAGCUAACCUUGUCGUUGUAUAACUAAGAAAGGUGUACGAUUCACAAUAAACAUGGCAUUCCUACUGCUGAGCGGAGCUGUGCUCCUCAGACAGAAGGACUUGGGUGGUUAAAAAGCGUGUUUAUUCCAAAUAUAUCAUUUUUUAUAUCCGUCAGGAGGAGAGAGAUAUAUUUGUAGAGUUUCUAGGCAGAGUUUGAGCCCCUGACUCAUUCUGACGGCUCAUUAGUUUCGUGUUCUCGCAGCGAGGUUUUUUUUGUUGUUGGAAAGGGCCAUGUUGUUUUCUGUCACUCAGAGGACCUUUUGUAACUGAAUGGCUGAUCUGUUUUGGGGGGAGCCUGGCUAUGAGAACUCACUCGCUGUAUAUUUAGAUUUAGCCCGUCUGUUUUAUACAGAUGCAUAUUAGCUAUGUGUUUUUGUUGUCAUCUUUCUUUUGGUUUAUGUUCUGACCCCCCCCCUGUCGUAAAAACAGUCUCUAUAAUGGAGCAAACAUACUUCCAGGUGCAGUAGCUGUAUAUGUGUAUAUGUGUGAAGGUAACGUGUUGGGAGGUUGUUCAAACUGGUCACAAUGACGAGGUGGAUGUUCAAUCAGUGAUGUGCUGUGAACAUAGUAGCCUGGUCCCAGAUCUGUUGUCUCCUUCUGUAGCCUGGUCCCAGAUCUGUUGUCUCCUUCUGUAGCCUGGUCCCAGAUUUGUUGUCUCCUUCUGUAGCCUGGUCCCAGAUCGGGUGGCUCCUCCUGUAGCCUGGUCCCAGAUCUGUUGUCUCCUUCUGUAGCCUGGUCCCUGAUCGGGUGGCUCCUCCUGCAGCCUGGCCCCAGACGGGGUGGCUCCUCCUGUAGCCUGGUCCCAGAUCUGUUGUCUCCUUCUGUAGCCUGGUCCCAGAUCGGGUGGCUCCUCCUGCAGCCUGGCCCCAGACGGGGUGGCUCCUCCUGUAGCCUGGUCCCAGAUCUGUUGUCUCCUUCUGUAGCCUGGUCCCAGAUCUGUUGUCUCCUUCUGUAGCCUGGUCCCAGAUCUGUUGUCUCCUUCUGUAGCCUGGUCCAAGAUCUGUUGUCUCCUUCUGUAGCCUGGUCCCAGAUCGGGUGGCUCCUCCUGCAGCCUGGCCCCAGACGGGGUGGCUCCUCCUGUAGCCUGGCCCCAGACGGGGUGGCUCCUCCUGUAGCCUGGCCCCAGACGGGGUGGCUCCUCCUGUAGCCUGGCCCCAGAUCUGUUGUCUCCUUCUGUAGCCUGGUCCCAGAUCUGUUGUCUCCUUCUGUAGCCUAGUCCCAGAUCUGUUGUCUCCUUCUGUAGCCUGUUCUCAGACCGGGUGGCUCCUCCUGUAGCCUGGUCCCAGACCGGGUGGCUCCUCCUGUAGCCUGGCCCCAGACCGGGUGGCUCCUCCUGUAGCCUGGCCCCAGACUGGGUGGCUCCUCCUGUAGCCUGGCCCCAGACCGGGUGGCUCCUCCUGUAGCCUGGCCCCAGACCGGGUGGCUCCUCCUGUAGCCUGGCCCCAGACCGGGUGGCUCCUCCUGUAGCCUGGCCCCAGACCGGGUGGCUCCUCCUGUAGCCUGGCCCCAGACCGGGUGGCUCCUCCUGUAGCCUGGCCCCAGACCGGGUGGCUCCUCCUGUAGCCUGGCCCCAGACCGGGUGGCUCCUCCUGUAGCCUGGCCCCA